AAAGUCAAUUUCUUUUUUAUAUAUAAUAGCAGAAAGAGGGCUACCCAUUACCAAUUCUAGCACUCAAACAAACUGCCUUUCUCAAUUCAGAGAGAAGAGCAAGUGCAAACGAAGUCUCUCUCUUUCUUUUGCGCUUUAAACAAAACCCAUCUAAGAUUUAUUGCUCUCUGGACACUUUUUCCCCUUUUUGCUGAGUACCCAAUUGAUCAUUUUGCGCUUUAGUUGACAACAUAUAGUAGUUCAACGGUUGGUUCUACUUGUUUGACACCUUGAAGCUUGGUGGGUUUCUUGCGAAAAGUACUUUUCAGUUUUAAUCUAAGUUUCUUGUGUGAGGGAGGUGCAUGCCAUGUGCUUGUAAAUUAUUAUUGCAAUCUCUAUGGAACAAUUUCAUGAAAGAGGGCACCAACGCAAAACAUCGUCUUAUAUGGAGGAUGUUCAGUUGAAUACAAAUUGGGACGAUGUGAUUUGUCCUAUAUGUUUGGAUUUCCCCCACAAUGGGGUACUCCUUCAAUGCUCUUCUUAUGACAAAGGCUGCCGCCCUUUUGUUUGUGACACGGAUCACAUGCAUUCAAAUUGUUUGGACCGAUUCAAAAAUGCACAUGGAAUGUCGUCCCUUUUGACGUCUGAUACAUCUUCUAUAGCUAACAUUCAGCUAGAAGUAUCUGAAGACAACUGUAGGCCAACUUGUCCCCUAUGUAGAGGGCAAGUCACUGGAUGGGUUAUUGUCGAUAAGGCUCGUUUACUUCUAGAUGAGAAGAAGCGUUGUUGUGAGGAGGAACAGUGCACAUUUGCAGGAACCUACUUGGAAUUACAUAAGCAUGCUCAGAUAGAGCAUCCUCAUGCACGCCCUUCAAGAAUUGAUCCUGCUCGGCAGCUUGAUUGGGAAAAUUUUCAGCAGUCCUCUGAGAUGGUAGAUGUUUUGAGCACUAUACAUUCAGAAGUCCCACGUGGGGUGGUUCUUGGAGACUAUGUAAUUGAAUAUGGUGAAGAUGAUUCUGGAGAUGAAUUGGAGGACUUCCCUGGUGAUGAGGGCAACUGGUGGACCUCUUGCAUUUUAUAUCAGAUGUUUGAUAAUUUCAGGAACUCUAGAAAUAGAAGGAGAUCAAGAGGCAGUGAUACUCGAAGGAGAAUUCGCCGCUCUAGUUAUGCUUCAUCAACUUCUGAUGAGGGUUCAGUGCAUUCUGUAGAAUUUGCAGAAUAUAGAGUAGAUGAGACUGAUGAUGAGUUUGUGAGCACAAGUGGCUCCUCAAGAGGUAGCACCAGCUAUCAAAGUUCUCAAAGACGCCGAUCCCGCUUUUAUGAUAAUUAGCCGCAUACCCAGGAAGUGAAGCUGAGGAUUGAUCCUGUCCAUGUGGUGAGCAAUAUGGUAAUUGCUGCUGCAGACAGUUUUAGAUUCUUAAACAUGUAAAAAUACCCUUGGAGCCUGUUAUGCUUGUUUUGUUUCAGACUUGAAUUUCAUGUGGUUCUAUUUUGUUCAUUUUCGAUAAUAUCUAUUACGCAAAUAGACAUCCAAUGGGAAACGAUUAUGAGUUUUUA